UGAGAGAGAGGAGGAGAGACCAUCAGCACAAGGCAGCCGCUCGUCUGUCUCUAUCUGUCGUCUCUUGGAUCUCCCUUAACACAGCUGCUUCUGACUAACAGUGUCCUCUCGCUCACUGACUGAGUGUGAGGGAGUGCCUGAGAGCGAGCGAACACCAGAGUUUACCAGUGGCUACGCACAAGUCUGUGUUCAACUGUUCUAGUUAUGGUGUUACCACACAUGGUGGAAGGUUUGACGAUUUUUGCUCAGGACGAGACUCAACACCAAUGAUCCCCAGUCAGCAUACCCUCUCAUUAAGAUGGGAAAUGCCUCCGAAGCAUUUCUGCUCAUUUCGAAAAUAUCGAAAGACAGUGACAUCCUCAUGGGAACUAUAUACAUCAUUAUGGGUGUACUGUCGAUACUGGGAAAUGGGAUCCUGCUGUUUGUGGCCUAUAGAAAGAAGUCCACCCUGAAGCCUGCAGAGUUCUUUGUGGUUAACCUGGCCAUUAGUGACCUCGGCAUGACAAUAUCCCUGUUCCCACUCGCCAUCCCCUCUGCAUUCACUCACAUGUGGCUGUUCAAUAAGACGAUCUGCACUGGCUAUGCCUUCUGUGGCGUUUUGUUUGGCCUGUGCAGUCUGACCAACCUCACAGUGCUCUCCAGCGUCUGCUGGCUCAAGGUCUGCUGCCCAAACUAUGGUAAUAAGUUCUCCUACUGCCAUGCCUCCAUGCUGGUUGCUGGGGUCUGGUGCUACGCUGGAGUGUUUGCUGUCGGUCCCCUGUCAGGCUGGGGAGAAUACGGGCCCGAGCCUUACGGUACAGCAUGCUGCAUCAACUGGGAAGCUCCAGGCAGAAGCUUUGCAGCUAUGAGCUACAUCAUAUGCCUUUUCUUCUUCUGCUACAUUGUGCCCAGCACUGUCAUUUUCCUAUCCUACACAUUCAUACUAAUGACCGUCCGGGGCUCCCGCCAGGCUGUGCAACAGCACAUGCCCCCGCAGAAUAAGAUCAGCAAUGCACAAACACUUAUAAUCAAGCUCUCAGUGGCCGUUUGCAUCGGUUUCCUGACAGCAUGGAGUCCAUAUGCCAUUGUGGCCAUGUGGGCUGCAUUCGGUGACGCACUCGAGGUUCCAGCCAUUGCUUUCGCUUGGGCAGCUAUCUUCGCCAAGUCCUCAACUCUUUACAACCCUAUUGUUUAUCUGGUCUUCAAGCCCAACUUCCGCAGGUCCCUUUGUCGAGAUGUGGCGCUGUGCAGAAGCACACUCUGUGGAUGUCAGCACAGCUCCCCAUCAAUGGGAACGUGCAGUCAAUUCAAUCACAAAGAAGAAUGCAACUCCACACAGUUCUCCAAUGGACUACCAGAGAACCACGGGACCACCUGCAGACACUGUGCGUGCCCUGAAGCAGUCACUGGUGCCAGAGAAAACUUAACAGAAUACAUCCCCCAGCAGACUUUCAGGAUACUUAAAAGAUCAAUACAUAGUGAGGUGGCAGAGAGUCAGCUUUCCAUUGACAUGCAGAGUGACUUCCUUUAGAGAAACAAAGCAACAUAGCAAAAAAGCUGAAAAAAAGACAGCAAGAAUGAAGGUUGAAAGACACUAACUGCAGCAAGGAAAAAGUGAGGGCAAAUAACAACAUAACAAUUGAUGGAAGCAAAAAACAUUAUGAUUUAUAAAUGCCAAAGUCUGAAAACAAAGGACUUUGACUUGAAAAUGUCAAUUCAGUCUAAUCAGCUUUGUCCAUGUCAGAAGGCAUGACUGAAUAAUAAACGCAGAAUAAUUGGGCGAAGGACUUAAAAUAACUAAAUCUUAAACGCUCAAUAAACGCUAUUUUCUUCAAUAUACUCUACGUUACAAAAGAUAGGAAAGAAAAAACUGCUUAAGGAUCCAUUAUCGAUUAUACAAAAUGUAGUUUCUGAAGACAAUCAUCUGAUAUAAGCUAUCUGUAAAUACUUUGAAUGAUUACCAAUACAAAGUCCGACAGGGCAAGAAAUUAGCAGUUCAAUGAUCAGACUGUCAACAAGCCAACAAUUUACCCAGAUUAUCUGAGUCACUUUUGUGAAACUUAAAGUUCAAGUGUGAUUUAAGUUAAAAUCCUUAUUUGCAAAAGAAAAACUGUGUGUUCGCACAAUUACUGCAAAUAUCGCAGGUCAAUUUGCAAGGAGGAAAGCGUAAACUGUGAUGAUGCUUCGUAGCAAACCUGGGCCUUUGUUCAAAACUGGGUUGAGUUCAACUCUACAAAGUAGUCACUCUUAGUAAAGCAAGUGUGUAUGUAUCUGUGUGUAUGAAGGUGGUUUAUUAUAUUGUGUGUGUGCAUAUGUAUAUGUGUUUGUGUGAGUGUAUUUUUAUAAUGUGCCUCUGAGGGUGUGGGUUCAUCUCCUGAGAGAAGAAAAUAACUCCUUUGACUCUGAGGCUGAAAACAAUAACACAAAAGAACACUCAAAUGGGCAUAUUAAACAUGUUCCACAAGCCAUUACAACAAAGACAGAUACUACAUUUAGGGCCAUGCAAGGAUAUGGGCCACUUGCCUUUAGUGUUCAGUGUUAUGUUGUCUCAUGGAAAGGGGGGCUGGUUGUUCCAUAAAAAGGAUUUUUAACAAGAGAAACUAAACUAUACUUCUGCACCUUUCAACAGUAUUCCAAUAAAAAAAUGCUCAGCGCGCAGAGUUAAUCUUAACAGCAGGGUUUGAUCAACGAGCGAUUUUGUUCUUUUUCCCUGGCAGUGUACGUCAUCAAAUGGAAGAACAAAAAGACCUGCCAUGGAAAGGAUUAAUUAGAUCUGCUGGGGUGCAUGUAGCUAGUAUCGACGGCCGUGACUUUCAUACCAUGUCUUUCUUAACUGAUUGGAUAACUGCAGGAAUUACAGUUUUUACAGAAUACCUGAGUAUAAAAGCAGCUCUCAUUGCGUUUAUUUUUUCUGUUAUGAAAUAAUAAUUGGCUUUGAAUCUUUUUUAUAGAUAACAAUGGGCUCAGAGCAUUGACGCGAAAAGCUUUAGAAAAACAAAAGUCGAUCCUUUUUUGUUUUAAUAUGUACAAAACACUCUAUAUUAACAAGUUCAUAUCAUGUUGAGAUAGAAGAAAGAAAAUAUUUCUGCUGUGAUACAUUUCUUGUCUCAUUCUUACAUUUCUGUGCACUUUUCCAUCUGUGAACUCAUGGAUUUAUUACUCAAACCAGCCUUGCUAGAUAUUAUUUCAAUGCCGUAUAUCAAGGAAUUCUGCAAUAUUGAACAAUUCUACCAAACCCUAGACAUUGUAUCUGUUCAAUGACCAAAUAAGUAAUUUCAAGAUAGCUGGUAAAGUUAUAGAAAGAUAAUUAUUAUAGCAAAUCAAUAAUGGUUAAGGUAUAUAUAGAUUGAGGCAAAGUAAACAAUAAGAUAAGCUUAUGUUAUGGGUAGUAAACAAUAAAAAAACAUGCACACUAUCUCCAGCCUUGGCACUGGACAUGAAGAUUUAUUUUUGUUCAUUGUCUUAUCAAACAAAUCAUAUGCUGUGCAAGCUCUAGCAUAGGCAAUAUAAGUUAUAGAGUCAGGAAGAUACACACAAUAUUAGUUUUCAUUCUAUGUAACUAACAACUACUGUCUAUUGCAGCGGUUCUCAAACUGUGGUCCGCGGAAUAGGGCACUGCAGGUGGUCCGUGGAAAAAAGCUAAAUAAAAUCCACUUUUUAUUAUCAAGGAUUUUCGCGGACCACCUCAUAUGCAAACUGUAAAAAUGAGUACAUAUAUAAACGU